AUGACAGAAGAAAAAGAAGUCGCUAUUGGCGUGUCUCAUAUUUCAAAUACAGUCAUGGAGGAAAAUAAUUUGAACCUGGUUCAGGAAAUUGAACGGGUUGUGACGGCUUCGUACAUCCCGUCACUGCAGGAUUUGCUUAGACUUGUUCGAAGUGGAGGGCCUAGCGCAAUAAAAUAUUGGGCUAUCCAAAAGCCUUGUCAGGUUGGCCUACUAGCUGAUAUGCUAGUAGAGGGGCUGUCGCGAUCGAAGACAGCCCUUCCGUUACUCUCUUCGUUUUGUUCUGAGGUGAUCUUUAGAGAUGCAGUACUACUUCGUCAUCCAGCACUUCUAGAUGGCGUCUUAGAGAAGGCACUCACAGUUGAGGAAGGAGAUCAUGAGUUUCGCCAAGCAUUUCCGCCCAUUCGAAUUGCCGAUUUGAUCACAACACUUGCCUUGAACAUAGCCAAGAGCCCAUCUGAAAAGACCAUUGCGCCAGUGCAUAGUUUGAUGAAGGGACUCUGUGGACGCUCCAUCGUUCACUAUGAAGUUUCCACUGAAACUAUGUCUCAACUCCAGCUAGAGUUGACCAAGAUCCUCCGCAACUUCAAUGACCACAUGCUCGUUCUCUUAUCCCUUGCGACAUUUUCCCAGAUCGUUUCCACCGAAACUGAUGAUAUGGGUAACAAAAGCGAAGCAAACACACCUUCUUGGCUCAUUAACAUUGAAGAUUUCUUCGGUCCCAAGCGCGGACUUAAAACACUGGACCUGGUUGUUCUCCGUGUAAUCCUUGCAUGCUCAUCAUCGAACAACGAGUUGACGCCGUCUCAGGCCACUGAAAGCAUCGGUCUGGCAAUCAGUAUUGCAGACAAAAUCGGCCCAGAGCAGAAGAAGGCCUGGAUGACUGCAAAUUCAUCGAAAAUUGCGAAACUUUGUGAUAAGGUAGCACGUGAUGAACUGGAUCGUGAGGUGCAAUUUAUGGGAACCACCUUUCUACUCCUUUUGCUUCCGGCAGCUGAGCUGCCCUCUCAUAUCCGGGAGCUGGGACUGCAUGUCCUUGUCUCCAAGGGAAGCAGAGGAGCUAUGGGAGUCGUGCCCCAUGAUCUCAUUUCACGGAUUGCAGAAUCACUAGCUGGAUCUGACGAGUCUGUCAUCCACCAUCUCUUGAGACUCUCAUUUGAAGCUGUGAAAGGAAGCGACCUGGCCAACCAAAACAUACUCUCUGACUUGCAUCUGUCGAAUCUGAUACUCAAGGGAUUUCAGGCAAACCUCAUAGUCAAUGGAUCUGAGGCUCAAUCCACAGCAUUAACCGCUGCUCUUCUUGACUCAGUUUCCACAAAAGAUACAAUCUUUAGUCUCCUGAAGAAUUUUCCAGUGGAGUCUAAGCAUUCGGACUGCAGAGGAAUGAUUGCAUGUGCUUCUGAAAAGGCGAUGCUGCAGAACAGGCUUCUAGCCAAUAUUUGCGACGUCUACUUCACGGCAACACUUACUCGGCAUGGAAACAAUGCAGAGGCCCUGGCGUUGAAGGCUUUUAUUGACCGAGCUAUCAUGUCACACUCCAGUUCCAGUUGUUCUUUUUCUAGAUCCGAACUGACAAAUUUCCGACAUUCUGUCCACCUGCGUAGCAGACAAGACUUUUCUCCUCCGCGACCGCCAGUCCGAAAUUGGCAGUCUGUCAUUUCCGAUGCUCUCCUUGGAGAUUCCGCCAACUCUCAUGAAAUUUUAAUGAGAAGAAUUAGCGAUGCAUGUAUCGAUUUGGAGCGUCGCUGUCACGAUGUGGAAGGUCCAUUACGGCGGGUGGAAGAAGAGCGUGAUCAAGGCGUUCUUCAAAUCAGCCACCUUAACCAAGAGAUAAGCCAGCUCAAGCACGAGAGAAAGGAGCAGGAAGAAUUGCUGGAGUCAUCUGCUCGACAACGCGAAAGUCUUCAAAAAGAACUAGCUGAGGCGGAAGAUCAUCUGACCGGUCUUACCGAGUCCCUAAAUAUGGCACAACGGCAGUAUGAAGACCUGCGCCUGGAGCAUGAUAUCAAUAUCCAGAAUGAACAAGAAAAAGCUCGAACUCGAGAGUUGGAACUUACUGCUGAUAUCACAAUGCGAUCAGAGGAGAUCGACAAGCUGCGUGCCAACAUACAAGCGCUUCGUACCAAUAAGGCGGCCGCAGAUUUACUGCAUGCGGAGAUCGCGAAAGCAUUCGAUGCUAGGCUUGCACAGGUCAACCAGGUGCUGGAAGACACCAAAGCUACCUGCUCCGUAAAGGAGGAAAAGGUCCAAGCACUUUCAAUGGAAAAAAGAAGAAUAGAACACUUAAUGACCAAUCGUGCGUCAGAGAUCAACGACAUGCGAGCCAGCGCGCGAAUCUCACGAGAUGAACAUACUCGUGCGAUGAGGUCAAGUGAAGAAAACCAUGCGAAGGAAGUCUCCAGACUUUCUUCAGAGGUAAACCUUCAGAAGGCGGUCAUUGAAAGGCAGGAGGCGGAGAUGAAGUCAGCCGCGGAGAAUGCGGCUAAUGAACUCCGGUCAAAGGAGAUGAUAAUCCACGACCUGGAGAUGAAGGCAAGUGCAUAUCUGAUCUAA